GUCCUGGGGCUCUCGCAGCUACUGCGGAAUCAACUGGAAAGGACCAAGUGGGCAAGACCUUUGGUCGAACCCCAGACGGUACAGGUAUGUAUUUCACUCCUUACCUCAGAAGACUUCAGAUGUCGUCUCAUUCCUCGCUUUAUACCCUGUUGGAAGCUGCUAAACCGUUGCUUCGUGAUGUGAUGCCUGACCCGGUUGUUCUCCCAUUGAAUAGUAUUCACGGUGCCGCAAACCCACGACAUGGUCUCUCAGCUCUUGUCACCAUCAGAGCCGAAGAAUCUAUCGGACAUUAUUGUCUUGGCCAUUCUGGCUGCUCACAUUCUCCUACUAUGGAAGCUCCCUGCAGGAGCCAAGGCCCCCGUUUUUGCAGUUAUUUACCUCUUUUGGCGGACAGGUUACAAUGCGGGGAUUGGAUGGCUACUCCACAACCAAUCUCACCACAAGACGCUUGUCCGUUGGGCUGAGAAGUACAAGAUUUUCGUGAAUCCCGCUACCGGGAAAAACCCACACCCUCAACUGUACAACUGGAUCAAGUGGGAGCUAGAAGCCAAGAUCCCCGACGACUAUUCCUUCGAGAAAGCCCCAAUUGAGUAUAACACCUGGCUCGUUUUUAGACGCCUGGUGGACUUGAUCUUGAUGUGCGACUUUACGUCGUACUGUCUCUUUGCGAUAGCCUGUAGCCACCACCCUGCUAACGAAAGCGUCUUGAUGACUAUUCUGCGCUGGACGUCCGGUAUUGCGUUGGUUUUGUUUAAUCUUUGGGUCAAAUUAGAUGCGCACCGGGUCGUCAAGGACUAUGCUUGGUACUGGGGGGAUUUCUUCUACCUCAUCGACCAGGAGUUGACCUUUGACGGUGUCUUUGAGAUGGCUCCUCACCCUAUGUAUUCGGUCGGGUAUGCCGGUUAUUACGGUAUUUCACUGAUGGCCGCAAGCUAUAAAGUGCUAUUCAUCUCCAUUAUCGCCCAUGCAGCUCAAUUCGCCUUCCUUGUGUUGGUUGAGAACCCACACAUUGACAAAACGUACAACCCACCCCCUCGCAAACGUACCGCGGAUCAAGACUCGGUGUCUACAGCAUCGCAGUCUCUGGAGUCUCCAAAUGCGCCAUCUCCAGUCGAUGAUCAAUUGCCCCACGCGCCAAAAUUCAGCAGCCCGCCCCCUUCCGUCCACAAUCUGUUAGGACUCAACAAUUUAGACUUGUAUCGGACCACGGACACUUCUUCCAUGCUUGUCCAGUUCCUUAUGUUCUCUUUAACUAUCCUGACGCCUUCAACACCCUGGUACCAGUUUUUCUUCGUGGUUAAUGCCGCACUCUGGAGACUCUGGUACUCAGUGGGUAUCGGCUACCUGCUGAAUCGUCAGUCCAAUUGUAAGGCAUGGACCCGCCAUUUUGUCAAGUAUGGCGAAACGCCCCAUGAGGCAUGGAGCCAAUGGAAAGGCACGUAUCACUUAAGCAUGAUUAUGUGUUACUCAAGUUUCAUCGCCGCCGUCUGGAAGAUGUAUACCCUGCCCUUAGACUGGGGUUAUGGCCUCGUGCUACUUCGCCAUGUCCUAGGUGCGGGCCUCAUUAGCCUGCAGAUCUGGACGUCUGUGAGUAUCUAUGAGUCGCUGGGUGAGUUUGGUUGGUUCUACGGAGAUUUCUUCUUCGAUGAAUCGCCCAAACUGACGUACAAUGGCAUCUAUCGCUUUUUGAAUAACCCUGAGCGGGUGCUCGGUCUGGCAGGCGUCUGGGGUGCGGUUCUUAUCACUACUAGUGGUGUAAUCGCUUUCCUUGCCUUCAUGAGCCACAUCCUCAGCCUGGGAUUCAUUCAAUUUGUCGAACGACCUCAUAUGCAAAAGCUGUACGGCCGGGGCCUGCGCCAGGAUGCAGGACUGGUGAAGAGCUUGAAGCGAUCCUUACCUCCAUCCCUCAAGCAACUUCACGGAAGUGUCGACAAGAUGUUUGAUGAUUCAUAUGAAUUCAUCGAAGAAAUCAUUGACUCUGCACGUCCAAAACUUGCCGCUGGCGUAAAUACCUUCGUUCAGGAUACGACCGCACUCUUCCAGAAGUAUCCAGCUCGUGUGACCAUUUCUCGCAUUGACGCAGACCUAGCUGGAUAUGAUUCACGAGACUAUUCUUUGUCGAUCGAAGGCACUGACUCGUUACCUCUGGAGGAGUGUGAUCUCAGUAGAGAAGGCGCCAAUGCCCGCACACCCCUUGAUAGACGUGGUGAAGUGAAAAAUCUGGUGUUCCAGUAUGGAUCACCAGUAAAGGUCAAGUGGACCGCUCCCCUCAACCACCACAAGAAAGAUUGGAUUGGGCUCUAUAGGGUGAUCGACAACACAUCUCGAGAGGUCACACGCGUCUCUUCCCAAGGAAGAUGGGUCGCCGUAAACGAGGGCUUUUACGAUAAUCUCACAUGUGAAAAGGGCAUCAUUACAAGCGAUGUGGUCGUCUCUACUUCCAACGGCGAGGAUGGGGAUAAGCAUGAAAUCGCUACCGGUGAGAUUGUCUUUUCCGGAGACAAGCUCUUCUGGACUCAAGGCGUGUUCGAAUUCCGUUAUCACCACAAUGGCAAGCACAAUGUCAUGGCUAUCUCACGACCCUUUGAGGUCAAGAUUCCUCGAUUUGAAGAGGAGGAUGAUCGCUUGGAAAUAUCCCAGACUGCAGUUGAAAUGAGUCUGUUACCUGUUGUCCAGAACUGUUUCGAUCGUGACCCGGAAAUCGCACCAGAGACAGUGGAAGAGCAAUUUGGCAGCCUAGUUGAUCGCGAUAGCAAAUAUGCAAAGCGAGUCGUAUUUGCUGUGCACCAAAUGUUUGGUGUUGAAUUCGCCACCGAGGUCGUUCGAUCCGACGGCAACGUCCACAACCUCGCCUGGCGAAUCUGCAACGCAAAGAGAGUCCUGGCUCCCUACAGCAUGUCCAGAAACGGUGCAUCUACACCAACAGAUGGGAAAGAAGACUAACGAUGGAAAGAAAGAAAUACAACUUUUCCAUGAGAUGAUCUAACGAGCGGUGUUUCUUGUUUUCUGCCUAUCACUAUAACUGAAAGGAGAAAGAACAGACGAGGGGGAAAAAAAAAUAACUCAUGGCUGAUUUACCAGACCGGUCUAGGUUUAUGCCCGGGUCUAGAUGCGAAUGCCUGUUAUGUGGUGUGGAUGAAAUGGAAAGAUUUGAAAUGAAUUGCUUCAUUUGGAAGAUACCCGGACUGGA